UGACGUCAGUCCGAGUUCCAAACUCUUACAUUGACCGUAAGCCGAACGUAGCAUUGUGUAGAAUAAGCCACAAAUGUCUGAGUUUGUGCUGAAUGUAAUAACUUUGGAUCGUCUCAAUUAUUUUCGUUACACUUUAAGGCACCGAUUGACAAAAGAAUACACUCGGCUACACACGCAUUUAUUUAUCCGUUUUUUUAACAGCUAAUAUUUUGUUCUCGAUAGUUUAACACCAGGCGUUAGAUUAGUGUAAAGUAGCUAACUGGCUAAUGCUAUUGAAGCUCUUCAACGAUGGUAAGGUUAAAGAAACUGUAAAUAGGCAGAUGAACUAGAUAUAUAGGCAGGGAAUAUAAAGCCUACACAAUGACAGAUUCUGUUUUGUUAAACGUACCGGUUAUCCGGCAGCUGUACCACUGGGAUUGUGGGUUGGCAUGUUCAAGAAUGGUACUUAAAUAUCUACAUCCAGUAAGUGAAGAGGAGUUCCAGAGAGCCUGUUGUGACCUGAAACUAACAAAAAGCGUGUGGACGAUUGACCUUGCAUAUCUCAUGUGCCAACUAGGUGUAAAACACUGUUUUUGUACACAAACACUGGGGGUAGACAAGGGCUUUAAAAAUCAGUCAUUCUACAAGAAGCAUUUUGAUACAGAAGAAGAAAGAGUAAAUGAACUCUUUCUGACAGCAGAGAACACAGGCGUGGUGGUAAAGAAAUGCUCUGUGACUGUUCAAGAGAUCCAGGCUCAUCUAAACCAUGGACAUGUGGCCAUUGUGCUGGUAAAUGCUGUACUGUUAGUGUGUGAACUGUGCUCCAAUUCAGUCAAGUACUGCUGCUUUUUACCUGUGAAUCAGAAGUGUUUCUGCAGUACACCUGAUUACCAAGGUCACUUUGUGGUAGUGUGUGGAUUUAAUCGUACUGCUGGCUGCAUCUUCUAUAACAACCCUGCUUAUUCUGACCGUGUGUGCUGUACUAGCAUUAGCAAUUUUGAGGAGGCAAGAAUGAGCUAUGGAACAGAUGAGGACAUUCUUUUAAUCUUCAAGGACAGCUCAUCACAGGAUGCAUCUUUCACUAUUGAGUAACAGUGAGAGACUUGUAUAUAUUAAUAUAGGUAUAAUUAUGUCAUCUGGUGCAAACAAACAUGUAUGGCUGUAAUGUGACUAGUAUUAAUUAGGUAAACCAGUACUAAUACAAGUGUUAAUGCACAAAUAUAUAGAUAGUGUAGUUCCAUAUCUUUUUUCCAUUGAUUGUACAAAUAAAUGGAAAACCAAAAGCUCAAA